AUGAAGGCCUUGCAGCACCUUUUGAACCUUGCAGCACCUUGUGUGGAUUUGACAGAAGCCAUGGCGCCCAGAGUUAUGUCAACGCUUAGGAAUAUAGCUUUAUUUAUUCCUGCAAUGCUCUACCUUUGGGGACUCGGAUAUGCGCUUCUCUCCCGGGUGGUAAUCCGUCCCUGUAGAUGUAUGACCCUUCACACAUUCCCUCCAGGAACCACCUGCCCAGCAGUUGACGGCUACGAUUUCUACCAGCUGCAAGAAAUCCCGGCAGCUUACAUUUUGUCACCUAGCAGCUCCGCGUCCGCGAGUGCGACCCCCGCCAGCCUCGCAGCGGAUUGCAGGAGGACCCCGCGAUGCAACGCCUUCACUGCCGCUGGUGAUCUGCUGAUUGCCCCCAUGCAACCCGCGUUCUCCAUCAUGGAUGGUAGCGCUGCUGACGUGAAGCCAUGUGACGGCACCUACGUCUCCAAGCGAACUCUUUCAGGCCUGUGCCUGCCCGACGGCGAAAAUGUGGACACUAUGCGCCUGGCGGCUGCAAAGAAGACCCUGGACAUGAUGGCAGCCGCGGCGGCCGCGAGCAAGGUUUCGGCAAAGCUGAAAGGAAAGAAGUUCGACCCUCGUAACGCGGAGAGUUUGUCUCGGGACGACAUCAGCAAGGCGUUCACUGAUGCAAAGACCCCUCUGGCCCAAUCUAGCUCCACGAUGGGCAGCUACACCUACACGGACGUCGUUAAAGCGGUGGCAUAUCCGGCAUGGGAUUCCCGUGUGAAUGGAUCGUAUAAUUAUGUCUCUCCAGUAAAAGAUCAAGGCUUAGCUGAGACGGCAGUGGCGGUGGCUGGCAACAUGUCUGCAGCCAACAUCGACCUGUCGGAGCACUGGCUCUUCUUUUGCAACGGCGUGGACACAGCAGCAUCCUGCGAUAACGGCUGGUAUGCAACGUCAGCCACAAAGGCCCUUGCAGUCAAGACCAUACCAUACGAGGCUAAUUAUCCGUACAACCCAAGCGUGCCGACCUGCACACUUCAUUCUGCACCGGAGAGGCGAGCUGGCGGUAUUUUCAAAAAGGCCUACAUCACAGAUCUCACCGUGGCGAAGAAUCACAUCCGUACGAGUGGCGCUGUAAUUACGUACUUUGCUGUAUACAACGACUUCUUCUACUGGCCUGUCAGCUCAAAGCCGUACGUCUGGGACGGUGUGAGCCCUCUGGCUGGUUACCAACAGGUUGUGACCAUCGGCUACAACGACACAGGGUCGUACUGGAUUGCCAAGAACAGCUGGGGCACCGGUUGGGGCGAUAAUGGCUUCUUCCGCAUCUCUUACAGUGCGAAUGUCGGCUUCAUGUCGGGGUCUGGGGACAACAUCAUCGGCCUCCGUUGGGCACCCUCAUCUGUGCCCCCACCGCCUCCGCCGCCUGCCCCGGUUGUGUGCGGUGAUGGAACCUGCUCUACGGGCGAGACGUGCUCCUCGUGUGCUGCGGAUUGCGGAGCGUGCGUUGUGUGUGGAGAUGGAUUUUGCUCAGGCGGUGAGACCUGCCUUACAUGCCAGGCGGACUGCGGCACGCGCCUCAGCAACGGUACUUUGACGUGCUGCGGGGACGGCGUGUGCAAUGCCGGGGGCGGAGAGACCUGCGCCAGUUGCCCAGGCGACUGUGGCAGAUGCAGUACUUGCAACCGGAAUGGCAUUUGCGAGCCGGCGCUGGGCGAGAAGUGCUACAGUAGCAGCACCAGUGGCUGCACGGAUUGCGGCUUUUGCAGCAGUGCCUAUUGCGGUGAUGGCAAGUGCACCGGCUCACGCCGGGGCUACUCUGAGACGUGCUAUACAUGCCCGACCGACUGCGGGCGCUGCAGAGACACAACAUUCUGCGGUGAUGGGAGGUGCAAUGGCGUGGAGAAUGGCACCACGUGCUCCAGAGACUGCCUGCUAUGGCGUGUACCGUCUGUGACGAUUGGAACUCCAAGCAACGGUAACGGAAACAACGGUAACGGCAACGGCAAAGGCCGGCGCCAGUUGCGCUGGACUGUGAAGCCGUAG